GUGAGAUCCCACCCAAACACAGUGUGUCAGUCAGAGUUUUACCACCUCUGUCAGACAGGGCACUUCGAAACUGUCGUACAACUGUCGUGCAACACCCUGACGCCAGCAAAAUCGCUUUACGGUACAUGAUUGCCUAUUCCACGUACUGAAGUCUGCAUCAGCUAAAAAGCAACUGACACAACAUCAAAAAAUAAAAUAAAAGCGUGACAUGGCGUCCCGCUUCCUCAAGUACUCAGUGCUCCUUCAGAAGUACCGGACUCCGCUGCUGAUUGCGAGCUGUGGCGGGGUCUUUGCAGCCAACAUGUUCUACCACGUUUUCCCUGACAAGUCCUACCGUCAGCUCUAUCAGGCCUGGCACAAAGGAGAGCCAGUCACUCUGUCUGAAAAGCUCGAGGAUCUUUUCCAGCAGGUGCUGAAGGAUUAUGGUAUCAGCUCACCCAAGAAUUUUUCUGCCUUCGCCUCCUUUGGGUUUCAUCCGGUCGGUGCUGGUGUCCCUUGGCUUCCUGCAGGGGCCCAAAUUGGCCUCCCAGCAAACUUUAACAGCACGGUCGACGACCCGAGCGGAAUCACAAACCGCACCGUUUUCAUCAACGGCAAAGCGGUGGACUGGAGCAGCGAUGCUGGCUCUGCUCUAAAGGAGGCGCUGGUGUUUUCCCUUGAGGCCCAGAAGUUUGCCAUAGCUCGAGAAGUGGCCCGCUUGCAGUCCGGAGGUCCUGUUGUGAGUGCCGCCGUUGCCCCACUCUGUCUGGGUGGGGUUUGGGUGUACAGCGUGGUGCUAAAGCAGAUGUUUGGGCUCCACGUCGGGCCUGCGCUGUUUCGCGGAGGUGUGAAUGUUGUGGCGCUGGGGCUUGGUGCCGUGUCCUACUUCCUCACCUCGGAUGCUGUCAGCCAGUGGAUUGACUUUAGCUCAGACCGGCGUGCAGCGGGAGUGUCCCGUGAUUAUGCCCAUGGAGGGGUCGAGUUUUACGAUAAGAUUCUGUCCAGAAACAAGACGCUGCGCUCCCUCAUGGGGCGGCAGGGAGAGGACAUGUACGCUCCCAGUGGGAACUUGUUUCCUGCUCACCUCCUUCAGCUGAAACACACACCGUACACAUCCAGGAGGGAAGGGAUCCUUGCUCUGCUCAAAGAGGAGAAAGUUUGAAAAGGAAUCAUAGGAGGUGGACUGUUGUUUUGGGAAUAAAAAUGGAGGUCAAUGGGCCUCACCUGAGCCCGUAAUGAUACAAUGUAAGUUCAGUUAUCUCUGAAUAGAGGGGCUCCUGAGCUUUUUGCCACAAAAAACCCUGGCCAAAAGAAUUGUUAAUAUAUUUUUCAUAUAAAAAUGUCAUCCCACAUGGGUUGAAUAAACAUUUUAUGAAUCUUGAAGUGUGGAAUCAUUCAAAUUACAAGUCAGUCCUGGGGUGUGAAAUGUUUGGUGGCCAGUGUGACUUAUUUAUCCAACAAAGACAAUAUUUGGAGGGUUUAUUCUGGACCCAAUGUACAAAUAAAGACUUUUGAAGCCUG